AUGGCGCUGCUGAAAUUCUUCCAUAUUUCCGUUUUCCUGUUCGUAUGCACGGCCAAGGCGACCAACCCGGAAGCAGAAGCACUACUUCGAUGGAAGUCCACUUUGAUUGGUGCCAACUUGCUGUCCUCUUGGUCGAUUACCAACUCUACAUGCUCUUGGUUCAGCGUCACCUGUGAUGCCGCCGGACAUGUUACCGAGCUCCAACUUCAUAACGCAAGGCUCCAUGGUACGCUUCAUGCCUUCUACUCUGCAGCGUUCCAGAACCUCACUCUGCUAGAUCUUUACAACAACAACCUUGUUGGCGUCGUCCCAGCCAAUAUCUCCAUGUUGAUGUCCCUUGAUGUUCUGGACUUGAGCUAUAAUAAUCUUGCUGGUGCCAUUCCCUACCAACUUAGUAAGCUUCCAGUGAUUGUUGAGUUAGAUUUGGGAAAUAACCACUUGACCAACCCGGAAUAUGCCAAGUUUUCACCUAUGUCCACUUUGAAGUUGCUAUCUCUAGCUAAUAAUGACCUCAAUGGUACCUUCCCACAAUUCAUCCUCAACUGCUCUAGUCCUAGUAUGAGGUCUCUAGAUUUAUCGGGUAACGCCUUCUCAGGGCCGUUACCAGAUUCACUGCCUGAGAUGGUUCCAAGAUUGUGGUAUCUGAAUUUAUCCUCUAGUGGAUUCUCUGGUUCCAUCCCUCGCUCACUCUCAAGGCUCCAAAAGCUCAAGUGGCUAUAUCUCAACUCAAAUAAUCUCACAGGAGGAAUCCCUAAGGAGCUUGGGAUGAUAACGGGAUUGAGAAUACUUUCGCUGUACAACAACUCACUUGGUGGGUCGAUCCCAACCUCACUUGGGGAGCUUCAGUUGCUACAGCGGCUUAACAUUGGAAACACUGAUUUGAUUUCUAGUCUUCCGCCCGAGCUGGGGAAUCUUACCAGUCUUGAACACAUGGUACUGGAAGGGAAUCAUUUGUUUGGAAGCGUGCCACCAUCUUAUGGCAGACUGCGGAAUUUGCACUAUUUUGACAUAGGGAACAACAGAAUCAAUGGUACCAUUCCACAAGAGAUUUCUACAAACUGGACCAAGAUGAAGGUUUUUGAUGUAUCCAACAACUGGUUGACCGGAAGCAUCCUCCCACAGAUCAGCAAGUGGAAGGACCUUGUUUUUCUCGCCCUGUACAACAACAAUUUUAUUGGCUCGAUCCCAGUGGAGAUGGGAAGCAUGCGGAACUUGCAGCUAUUGUCCUUGUACAAGAAUCACAUAACUGGAACAAUACCGCCAGAUAUCGGUAAUGCGACAUCUUUGAAAUUCCUUGACAUCAGCUUCAACCAUCUUGGGGGCGAGCUUACUGCAGCCAUCGCGUUGUUGGUAAAUCUUGUUGUCCUUGACUUGUCUAGCAACAAGUUUACAGGUAUCAUUCCUAAUCUUGAUAGCAGGAAGUUGGCAGUUCUUAAGGUGGCUGGGAAUAGCAGCUUCUUGUCAGAACCAUUGUCUGCCUUUUGUCAACUAAAACAUUUGCGACUCUUGGGUCUAUCAAAUAAUAAGUUAAUUGGACAGUUUCCUGGUUGCUUGUGGAACUUGAAAGAUUUACAAUCCUUGGAUUUGUCAAGCAAUGCUUUUUCUGGAGAAGUUCCAACCUCAACUUACUACAAUACUUCACUAAGAUUGCUGCAGUUGUCGAACAACAAGUUCACAGGUUGCUUUCCAGCAGUGAUGAAGAACUUCAAAAGCCUUGUUAUUUUAGAUCUCGGGAACAAUGAGAUUUCUGGUGCAAUUCCUCCGUGGAUAGGGGAAAGCAAUCAUCUGCUGAGGAUCCUUAGACUGCGAUCAAAUAUGUUCUAUGGAAGUAUUCCUUGGCAGCUAUCACAGCUCUCCCAUCUGCAAUUACUUGAUCUGGCUGAAAAUAAAUUCGUAGGGACCAUACCAGGAAGUUUUGCAUAUUUUCCUUCAAUGAGACAGUCAGACAUGUUGCAGCCGGUUCUAACAAUCAACAUACGAUCUACCACCUUUGGAUAUUUUUACAAUGGCAGCACGGACAUAGUUUGGAAGGGACGGGAGCAUACAUUUAAGGGAAGAGAUGCAUUUGUGACUGGUAUUGAUCUCUCCAGCAAUUCUCUAUCUGGUGAAAUCCCUUUAGAGUUGACAAAUCUUAGAGGCAUCCAGUUUCUAAAUAUGUCAAGAAAUCAUCUAUCUGGUGGUAUCCCGAAGGAUAUUGGCAAUCUGAAGUUGUUAGAAUCCCUUGACAUCUCGUGGAACAAACUAUCAGGCCCUAUUCCUCCUAGCAUAUCGAACUUGAUAUUCCUCAGCUCUCUUAAUCUCUCGAACAACCUUCUAUCCGGGGAGAUACCUACAGGCAAUCAACUCCAAACAUUGGAUGAUCCGUCAAUUUAUAGCAACAACAUGGGACUUUGUGGCUCUCUGUUGAACAUUUCAUGUAAAAAUGACUCGGAUAGGGGAAUGGAACAACAUGAAGAACUUGAAACCAUUUGGAUGUACUACUCAGUGAUUGCUGGAACGGUUUUUGGUUUGUGGUUAUGGUUUGGUUAUGAAGAAGAUGAUGCAUAUCUGAAAGUACAGAAAGCUGUCCAAGUAUUGAAUGUCUUAGUUGACUUGACAUAUUUUGUUUCAACGUUCAAGGCAAGUAUGCCAUGUAUUGCGCAGGUCGCCUCACUGACUGGAGAUGUGUGA